AUGACUGCUGUCAGGAAUCACCAUUUGGUAGCUCUUUUUUCUCAAUUUCUCUUGUUCGCUAUAAGUAUUUUUUUGUUUGUAAUUCCUAUAUAUUUAUUGUGGAGUCACAUCACACAUGAACAACAUCACUUGUCCAAUUAUAAGUAAGUACAUGUAAAAUACUUUUUCUGACAGAAUUAUACUCCAUUUUAUGCAAAUUUUGAUUCACAGGCCUCACGUAGUUGCAUUAAUAUUGGCUCGAGGUGGUAGUAAAGGAAUACCAAAAAAAAAUUUAGCCAUAAUACAAAACUCUACUCUCCUUCGGAGAUCUUUAAAUACUGUAAACGAUUGUGAAUGUAAGAGAACAUCAAAAAAUAACUGCAUUUGUCUUAAAUUAAUUGGUUUCUAAUUUUUAAACUACCUAUUACAGUGUUCCAUGAUGUUUGGGUAUCAACAGACGACAAAGAAAUUGCAACUGAAGCCAAAUUGGCUGGUGCUAAAGUCUUUCAUCGUAGUGCAGAAAUGGCUUCCGAUGAAGCUUCAUCACUUAGUGCUGUUAAAGAAUUCAGUAUGUACCACCCAAAAGUGGACAUUUUUGCAAUAAUACAGUGUACUUCGCCGUUCCUUACAGUUGAGUAUCUUACUAGAGGGUACAGAAUGGCAGUUUAUCAGCAAUUUGAAUCUGUCUUUUCAGUAACACGAAGCCAUAAACUGCGUUGGAAACUCGAUUCUGGUAUUGUUCCUAUUGUCAAUAUAUUUUAUUAAUAUUCAUUAAAUCGUUUGAAUAAUGUUUAAAUACAGAAGGGCAAUUGCAACCAGCAAAUUUUGAUGUUAUUAAAAGACCAAGGAGACAGGAUUGGAAUGGUGAGUAUGUGGAAAAUGGAAUGUUUUAUUUUGUUCACAAAAAUCUCAUUGUGAAUAAUAAGCUUCAAGGAGGAAAGUGAGUAUUUUUUAAAUGGUAUGCCGAUCAUUUAAAAAUAUAUCUAAUUUAUCUAUAUGAAAAUUGAUUUUUUUUUUUAGAUUGGGUGUAGUUGUUAUACCGAUGAAUAGAAGUUUGGAAAUUGACACAUAUUUUGAUUUACAAGCAGCACGUCUUUUAGCAUCAUUACUUGACAUGCCUAAGAAUCUAACAACUGAAAAAAACUAA